AGGAACAAUUCUACUUGCAGUUGUAACUACCACUUUGGUGUUGUUACUCGCACGUCGCUUUUUUUUAAAAAAAAGAAAAAUCGGAUCUUUGACUUGGUACUAAGAAAGCGAAAGCCGCACAUUUAUUUUGCUCCUCCUUGCUUCCACUUUCCGUUUUUUAAGUGAGUAUUCGUAAAAAAAUCUUCUUAUACCUGCUUCGCAAGAAUUGUAGCGCGUACAUCGAAAAAACCACCAACCAGCAUGAUGACGCAUUCAGUCUUGCGCGGCCAGAACAACAGGUUCGUCCGACGAGCAUCCGCACUCGCGUUGUCGGCAGCCGCAUCAUCCUCGGUGGUGUCCGCUUCCAGUGUGAGUUUGCUGAGCCGGAAGAAGACCUCAGUCCGCUCAUCUGCUGGAACUACUACUAAAUCCUCCUCGCGCAUCACGAGGAAAAAUGAUGAAUCUGCUACAACUACUAGUACUACCGCGCGGGAGGACUACAGCACAAAAAUUGUGCUCGGCUUUGAAGGCGAAAAUAAACACAGGGCCGCCGCGGCGAGGACUUCUGAGGAGAUGACAGCGAACAACAAGCCCAUGACCACCUCGACGUUGCUUCAGAAAGCAAAAGAUAAAACGACCGUGCAGGUCUUUACCGAAAUCUCUUCGAAAAAGCAAUCGUUUGCAUCCCAGCAUCAAGCGAAAAUGGGACAAGAAACGACUCAGAAAGCGGAAGCAAAGCGGCGCCGCAGAAGUAGAGGAAGUUCCUCGAGUGGUCGUCGUGGCCGGGCCGCUGCAAAGCCGGCGAAGCCGAAGCCGCCGUCUUACGACCCGGAGGAGCUCGUGCGCUGUCCCUGGCUGGAGGGUUCCAGCCGCGACGGCUACCUCGAGUGCAACGACGGCUCGCUGCAGCAGGUCAGGGGCGGGGGUUGGAACCGGUGCCAAGACCGCGGCGGCCGCAAACGGUGCCCGAAGAACCAGCCCGUGAUGUGCGCCAAGCCGAACGACUGCGUGGGCGGAACGGAUUACUGCUGCAAGGACUCCGCCUGGGAAUGCCAUCAGUCCUACGACCACGGAGAGCUCAGGAACCACUGGGGUCCCCGGGGUUGUCCAGCUGCUGCUGCUUCCACUAGUACUCCAAAACCCGCCACCACCACUCCAAAACCCACGACCUCCACGACAAGACCCACGACGUCCACACCCCUACUUCCGACCACUACACAACCCACGACGACUACACCCCUUCCGACGACUACUACAAGACCCACGACGUCCACACCCCUUCCGACCACCACACAACCAACGACGUCCACACCCCUUCCGACCUCCACCACAAGACCCACAACGUCUUCUACACCCGCCCUUCCGACCACGACUGCACCCCCUCCAACCACCACGACACCAAAGCCCCCCUCCACGGCCGCCGUCGCAGCUCGUGCCCCGCCGUCGGCGCCCGCCAUGACGAUGGCAGUGCCGGCUUCUGUGCCCGAAGCGUCGCCGAUUGAGGGGAACCCGCACUGCAAGGCCUUGUCCGCGAACGUGCCCAAGGCAAACGCGGUCAACCUGGUGCUGCUCUAUCAAAAGGAAAAAUCCCCCCUCUCCAUAUCGAAAACGAAACUUGUGAUGCUGUAUUUGAGUAAAAAAAUCGACUUGUAAUGCUAGAAGGCCAAGAGACGCAGCUGUGGCCUCGUUUGCAGGCAAUUUGUCAUGCUGCUUCCCACUUCCAGUUGCCCCCUGUCAUGCUAAAGAUGCAAGGCUUUCCCACGCCAACCAGCCCUACAGUCCGCAUCUUUUCCCUUCUAGCAUGACAAAGCUGAUUUGUGGCCACAAAUCUGCACCACAAGUCUCUAGUUUGAGUAUGGGGGGGGUGGAUUUUUCAUUUCGAUAUGCUCCCGAGCAACUUUGCACACGACGACUUUGGGGACGCCAACGGGAACGGCAACGUUUGGGCGGACAAGGCGCAGACGGUGUUUCAGGGGCUGAGCACCUACGCUCCCUUUGACGCGGCCAACAACGCAGCCUUGAACGUGUUCUACGUGAACCAGCGUCUGGACGAGGAGAUGUACGCCUAUGACAACGACGGGGACGCGCUUUGCUGGUACGGCUGCCACGACGUGGACCGGUUGCUGUGCUGCGUGAUCUCCGAAUUCUGGAAGCACGCCGAGAUGCACUGCGGCAGCGGGUUCCACACCACCCUCCUCGUCAUCCACAACUCGCCCAAGUACGGCGGGGCCGGCUACGCCGCGCAGUCGGCCGCCACCAUGUCGCUCGACAAUGCCGCGCUGCAGAUCGCGGCGCACGAGCUGGGUCACGCCAUGUUCGGCCUUGGCGACGAGUACAGCCAGGGCACCGCGACCCCGGACACGAAGCCGAACUGCGAGUUCCGCAAGAGUUGCGAACGCAACCUGAGUAUCAAAUGUAAAAGUGUCUGGGUCUGGAAUAUUCUGAGAUUUGUCAUGCAUGUUUUGCAUGACCCAGGAUGUCUGUAAUGCACGACCGCGCAUCACAGAUGUUGAGCGGGCUUCCUGAUGCCUACUCCGCAUGACAAACGCCCUUCCCGCGUAGCACAAACUAGACUCCUCUUGCUGUUCAUGCAAUACAGAUUUUUCUAGAGUCCAAAGUUAGCAUCACAAGUUCCAAUCUUCCAGACCCAGACACUUUUACAUUUGAUACUGAGCGGGUCCGAGGGUCUGGAAGUGGUGUACCGGCCGCAGGAUAUCACGCAGUAUUGAGAGGAAAAAUCCCCCCUCCCCAUAUCGAAAAGGUGCGUUUCCGAAAAUUUGUCUUGCUGAUUUGAGACCACAAAUCGCGUCUGUCUUGCAAGAACACAACUCCACACGUUCUGCCGCAUUAUGCAGGCGGUUUGUGAUGCUGUUGCUCCUACAGCGUAGUCGUUUCUCAUGCUAAGCGAUUAGGCAAAAGCACUCUACUCAGGCUUGGCAGGAGCCUGCAGUCCUCUACUGCAGGACAAACCUGAUUCGUAUACGCAAGUCCAGCAUCAGAGACUUCCUGUCGAUAUGUGGAGGGGAGAUUUUUUCUUGUGAUACGCAGGCCGCGAAAUUUCCCACGACGGCGGCGGCGGCUUUGCAAAGCAGCCAGAUGCACGUGCCGGCCUGCGCGGUAUGCAUUGCAAAAGUGUCUGGGUCUGGAAGAUUGCUGAGGUUUGUGAUGCUGUGUCUGCUUGACACGGAAGGUGUGCCAUGCAAGGCCUAGCAUCACAGGGCUUGAUGAGACGGCUUCCCAAUGCUUAAUCCGCAUGACAAACUAACACCUUCUUUCGGCGACAGGAAAAAGAGCUCCCUUGGCUGUCUAAGCAUGACAGAUUUUUGUAUGAUCCAAGUAUGCAUCACAAGUUCGCAUCCUUCCACCAGGCCCAGACAUUUUUGCAUUUGAUACGCGGGGCACCAGUACUACACGGCCAGCGUCUAUCCCAGGAAAAAAGUGUUACGGUUACACAUUUGUAGUCAAUUCAGCAACACAAAUUUAUUCUCUGCAUGAGAGAGAAAACAACUUGUAAUGCAGAAAUCCUACGGGAAAACCAAAACUCCUAUGAAACGAGGCUUCCAUGCGUAUCCGGCAUGACAGAGCUGGUCUGUCUUGCUUGGCCUAUAAAAACACAAUGCGCAACUGUAACACUUUUUUCUUUGCAUAGCGUUUCCAUCAUGGCGGAGCUGGACAAACCCUGGGGCAUGGCCAACCUGCGACUGACAUGUUGCAAGUGGUACCUACUGAACGAGGGGAUUCCCGAGUAUUGCAUCGAGUACGACCAAUUUGGGUUGUCCCUGCACGACUUUUGCCAUCACGUCCGAGUGGAAUUCGACACCUCGCUCAACAUUUGGGACUACAAUUCGUUUGCGCAGAUUGAAGAUGAUAUUGAUGUUGUUGACGGAGAUGAUAUUGGAGCAAGAACAGCUACUGGGUCUCGAAGGAAAAGUACUCUUUCCUCAGGAGCAUCUUUGCCAUCAUCUUUUGGGGGGCAGUUUAGUGGAGAAGGGGACGACCGCCAAGGCGGGGACUUGUUGGCUCAGGAAAUUGAUGUAAAGGAAAGAACCAGUGUAGUGUCUCUUGACGAGGAAAAGGACAUGCAAUUUUCGUCGGACUUACGCCAGACCGGUGUUGUUGAAAACAACAUCAACAAGAAUAAUAAAGCUACGAAGACGAGGAACCCGACCGGUAGUACAAGAACAGCAAACCUGUUGAAGAAACCAAGGCCGCUGUCUCUCUUGCAAAAGUCCACCGAGGCGAAGCUGCGGGCGGAACUGGAAGCGCACGAAAAACGAGUAGAACGGAAGCAACAAGCUCGGAAGGCAAGAAACGAGAACUACACAGCUGGUAGUACGCUUGAAACAAGCGCGGCUAAAACUAAACCAGCAGAUGAAACGAGCGAGAUCCACAUGUCCGAAGCGAUGCAGAAGAACUUUCUGCCCCUGAUUGAAACGAGAACGUUGGAAGGCAACAACGAGCCCGGGCUCGAGGUGAAGCACAUUCUGGUGGAGCACCCGGUCGAGUGGGAGUGCGUCGGCGGGCGGGGAAAUGACGGCUACGUGUGUGCGGAAGCUGUAUCAAAUGUAAAAAUGUCUGGGUCUGGAAGAAUGCAUGUUUGUCAUGCUUGUCUGGCAUGACUCUGAAAUCUGUCAUGCACGUUACCCAGGAGCUCUGUUUUUCUGUGAUGCAGGAACGGAGUUUGUCAUGCAGAAUAGGCAAUACCUAGAAGCUCAGAAACUUGUCAUGCUGAGCGAGCAUUUGUGGCCUCAUCAUGAGACGCCACCCAGCAUUACAAGUUUCCAGACCCAGACAUUUUUACAUUUGAUAAGCUGUGCAGCUGAUCAAUGCAGUAGCCGAGAUCGAGGCGCAAACCUUCGGGAUCGGGCUAUCAGAUGCAAAAAUGUCUGGGUCUGGAACAUUCUAAACUUGUGAUGCUGUCUCUGGAUUCUGAAAAAAUUUGUAUUGCAUGACCAGCAAGAGGACUCCAGUUUGUGCUAUGCGGAGAGGUCAUUUCUCAUGCUGUAGAGGCAUCACAAAGCGCUCUAAAAAUCUGUGAUGCUACGGCAUGCAUCACAGACAUCGUGGGUCAUGGAAAAUAUGCAUGACAAAUCUAGAAAUCUUCCAGACCCAGACAUUUUUACGUUUGAUACGGGCAGUACCUGAGCAACCUGGUGCACGGAGACAUCGACUGUGACCAUCUCGACGACGACAUGCUUGCGGAGGUGGCCGAGGGACCCCUGAAAAAGGACGACGUGGUGAAGAUCGACGUGUUUAUGCAAUACAAAUUCCCCGUACAUGGAUGUACAAGGUGCAUCACAAAUUUCACGAAUUUGGAGCGUCAAACUUGUCAUGCUAAACUAGGAUCGAAGCCAAGUUUUGUCAUGCAGAGACCGCAUUGGCAUUUGUACGUCGUGCACGGGAAAUUUACUGUGGAUAGUGUUCCGUGCGGGGGGUCACCAAAACAAACAAAGUUCUUCUUCUACGGGGCAAGAUGAACCUGCUGAAGUAGAGCAGGCUGGCGAGAUGAAGGUGUUUGUCCGCAGCAUGUGCUUUUUCAAAUUUAACAAUGUGGAGCAACCGCCGCCAACCGGCGCCGACGACCACUUGGACCACCACGAGUUGCGGGUCUCCCGCAAGAGUUUCCCGGUCAUUCUGCAACGCGGGGAAACUUAUGCACUGCAAACAUGUCUGGGUCUGGAAGAUGAAAAAUGCCGGACCUGUCAUGCUUGUGUGGCAUGAUUGUAAGCUAAGGUCUGUGAUGCAUGCGCACGAAGAGCAUCUCUUGCCUGUCAUGCAAAAACGCAGUUUGCCAUGCCGAGUACGCAAGAACACAUAGCAGCUCGAAAAUUUGUCGUGCGUGGCUGCUGCAUAUAAUUCAAGUCCCUCCAUCAGUCGCAUACUUGCGUCACAACUUCCCAGACCCAGACAUAUUUGCACUUGAUAAAACCUGUGCACAAUCGAGGUUCGACGUGUAGCUGUAGAUGAAGUUGACCGGCGGGAUUUAUCCGUUGAAGAGGAGGCGACAAACAGGAGAUACCAACUUUUUUUGGCGGAAAGAAGGAAGUAGACAUUCAUGAUGAUAGCAAGAGAAUACGUCAGCAGUGCGAUUGUGAUUAAGGUCUACCUUUUCUUAUACUUUAGUUGUCCUACGCAUGACGUAAGUAGUAGCCUUUCGCUCUCAGUUUUGCUUUUGCGGCAGCAUGGGUCGUUUUGCCCUCUUUGUCAUUGUCUUAACUCGUCAGCAUUUACAUAAUUUUUCUUUUUUGAUUUUUUACAUUCCGAUUCUUUUUUAGCUUUUUACUUGCACGACAUGGACAUCCCGACGUCUCGUUUUCCUUUAUAUUUAUACGUUUUUUCAUGUGUUUCAUUAUUUACUUCGUUGUCGUUGCGAGUGUUGUGCCACCUGGUUUACUUUUGCCCCCAUCAUGAUUAGACGACAAGACGAGCUCUUCUAUUGGGUAAAGCACGUAAGAGAAAAAUGAGUCUCCGCGUAGAGCCCAAAGCACUUGCACUGUAGAAGGACCCUAAUUUUUGCUACGUCAGAGCAGCUGCAUUCUGAUAAAUACUUCUGUGCGCCUGCUGUAGAUGUAGUGUAAGUGUACUAUCUUGAAGAUAAUUAUUUCUGUCGCUUUUUCGUUCUGCAUCUUCACCAACACGAAAACCUCAUCUCGAGGACGAGCAGCGACAGUUAUAUAAG